UCCUCCUCAUCCCUUGUUCUUUUCAAGGCUUUACAGCAGCAGUAAGUUCUCACUCUUUCAGAAUCAUGCAUCUGUCCUGGAUUCUUCUGAUGACCACAGUGUGUGUGGUGUGUGGCGAGUUUCAGCCUCGUGCACUCUGGCAGUUCGGUAAAAUGAUCACGUGCGUGCAGCCGAACGUGAAUCCGUUCAUUUACAACAACUACGGCUGUUACUGUGGAUUUUCUGGAUCCGGAUCUCCUAAAGACCAAAUCGAUCAGUGCUGUCUGAUACACGAUAAGUGUUACGAGAACGCUCGGAAACAUCCAGAUUGUCCCGGUGUAGCCAACCUGCCGUACGUCAAAGUGUACAACUUCAGCUGCUCUGAUAAAACCAUCACCUGUUCAGCAUCCAAUGAUAAAUGCCAGGCCAAAGUGUGUGAGUGUGAUCAAGUCGCUGCAAACUGCUUCUUUCAGCAUAAUCACACUUACAACCCCAACAACAAAAACCUCCCGAGUGAAGAGUGCAAGAACUGAGAGACACCACACCC